GAGUAAGAUUAACUUUGUCAAAGCUUCUAAAUAUUACUAAUGAGGAAUUCGAUAAAGCUCUUGAUAUUGUCCGUAAAGAACUUAUAGAAUUUAAUUCUUUCACUCUGACUAAACGUGCUUAUGCUCAAAAAAUUGAAACCAGAUCACAAAAUUACGGCAUAAUGGGUUUUCAUGGUGAUCGCCAAUUUACAA